UCGAAGAGAAAUGGCUGCGCCUAGGAAAUUCAACGUGUUUGUUGGAUCGGAGACAGGUCUGCUCAAAGGUGUGAAUACUUUGACAAAUAAAUGGGACAACAUAAAUCAGAUAACUAAUGCAGAUAAAGAGAAUGAAAUACGUGACAUUUGUACCAGUUCAAAUUUCACCGACGAACUUUACUUUGGGACAAAAUCUUACAAAGUCUUCGGCUAUGAUUUUAGGGAAGAUUGUAUAAAACGUGUAUUUCAGUUAGAAAACAAAAAAGCCAAUUGUAAGGCGUUAAAGACGUGCGGAGAAAAUAUUAUUACCGCUGGAGAGGACGGAAUAGUGAAAGUAUGGAAUCAUAAUCACGAACUUGUGAAAGAGUUUUCAUCAGGGGUUACAUUGAACAGUAAUUUGUGUUUUAUGAUUCAGAGUCAAGAUACACCAGAGAUUAUUACAACGGGUGGUAAAGAAACAGACCUAAAAGUAUGGAAUAUAAACAACACAGAGAAGGCUUUAUUUGAAGCAAAGAAUGUGAAAAAUGAUUGGCUCAAUUUAAGAGUGCCAAUAUGGGUCCUUGAUGCUGAAUUCAUUCCAUCUACGGACAAAAUUGUAACAUCAACAGGAUAUAAUCAAGUCCGAAUAUAUGAUCCUAAAGUUCAGAGACGUCCAGUUUUAGAUAUGACAUUUGAUGAAUAUCCAAUUACUGCUCUAUCCCUGUGCCCAUUGGCCAAUAACCAGGCCGUCAUAGGCAAUUCAAGAGGAAAGAUGGCAACAAUAGAUUUUAGAAAAGGAAGUGUUGUUAACAUUUUUAAAGGACUUGCAGGUAGCAUAAGAGACUUAAAGUGUUAUAAAACAGAACCAUGUGUUGUGUCAUGUGGACUUGAUCGGUUUAUUAGAAUACACGACUAUAAAACCAAAGAACUAAAACAUAAAUUUUAUUUGAAGUCACGAUUAAAUUGUUUGCAUUUAAAUGAAAAUUUUAGUGAGGAAAUCUCAUCUGAAUACAUAGAAGAAACAGUACAUGAACUUCCAAGUAACAACUGUAAAGACAAUGAUGAAGAGGAAAUAUGGAAUCAAUUAGAGGUUAUUAAAUCAAAAAGGAAAGGAGAUAUUUUAGAAUCAGGAACUGCUUCAGAAAUUAAAAAGAAAAGACAAAAAAAUAAAAAGUGAAAUGAUACAUGUAUAUUGUACAAAAUAAAACAUUCAUUUUUGAAA